AUGUCCGAGCCAAGAAUCGCUAUUCUUUCGGUGUAUGAUAAAACUGGAUUGAUCGAACUAGCAAAGGAACUUCACGCUCUCAAUGUUCGUCUGCUUGGUUCUGGUGGCACUGCAAAGAAAAUUCGUGAAGCCGGAAUACCAAUAACGCAAAUCGCGUUUAUCGUGUCGUUAUAUUCAUCGACGUUCUGGAUCAUAUUUAAACCGUCAGGCAUACUUGCUCGUGACAUACCAUCCGAUGAGGCAGAUCUAGCUAAGCAGAACGUAAAAAAGAUUGAUUACGUAGUGUGCAAUCUUUAUCCAUUUAAAGAAACUGUUGCAAAAGAAGGAAUAGCAAUUCCUGAAGCGGUCGAAGAGAUUGACAUUGGAGGGGUCACGCUGUUGCGAGCCGCCGCGAAGAACCAUAAUCGGGUCACUAUACUAUCUGACCCUAAAGAUUAUCCAAACUUUUUAACAGAAUUAAAAGCCAAUGGCAGUGUCAGCGAAGACACACGAAAACUAUUGGCAUUGAAGGCAUUCAGCCAUACUGCCGAUUAUGACGAUGCUAUUUCAAAUUACUUUAGACAACAAUAUGCGAAAGACGUUUCUCAGAUGGCCUUACGCUAUGGUGCUAAUCCUCAUCAAACACCUGCACAAAUAUUCGUAAAGAAUGGAGAAUUACCUAUAAAAGUUCUUGCUGGAGCCCCUGGCUAUAUCAAUAUACUCGAUGCUCUCAAUUCGUGGCCAUUAGUCAAGGAACUUAAAGCAGCAUUGAAACUCCCAGCUGCUGCCUCAUUCAAACAUGUCUCACCUGCUGGAGCAGCCGUCGGGCUUCCGCUUUCCGAUGUUGAGAAAAAGGCAUACUUUGUUGAUGAUCUUGGAGAAUUGACCCCUUUAGCUAAUGCCUAUGCACGCGCACGAGGUGCUGAUAGAAUGUCUUCAUUCGGGGAUUGGAUUGCACUAAGUGAUAUUGUCGACGUUUCUACUGCAAAUGUCAUCCAUCGAGAGGUGUCAGAUGGUGUAAUUGCUCCUGGAUAUGAGCCCGAAGCACUGGAAAUAUUAAAGCAAAAGAAAUCCGGAAAGUAUACAAUUCUUCAGAUCGACCCAGAAUAUGAGCCAUCUGAGAUAGAAACACGUCAAGUAUAUGGUAUUUAUCUCCAACAAAAGCGAAAUAAUGCUCGAAUCGAUGCGGAUAUGUUCUCAAACAUAGUGAGCAAGAAUAAAGAUCUACCUGAAUCAGCGAUUAGAGAUUUGAUCGUGGCUACAAUAGCACUAAAGUACACGCAAUCCAACUCUGUUUGUUAUGCCAAAGAUGGUAUGGUCGUUGGUCUUGGUGCUGGCCAACAGUCUCGCAUUCAUUGUACGCGUCUAGCAGGCGACAAGGUGGAUAACUGGUGGUUACGACAGCACCCCAAAGUUCUUGCGUUUGACUUUAAGGAAGAUAUAAAAAGAUCAUAUAAAAGCAACGCGAUUGAUCUUUAUAUUCUGGAUAAAAUUGGAGAGGGUCUUGAGCGAGAGUAUUGGGAAUCACUAUUCAACACUGUUCCCGAGAUGUUAACAGCAGAAGAACGAAAAGCUCAUUUAGCUUUUCUCAAAGGAGUUGCAUUGUCGUCUGAUGCAUUCUUUCCGUUCCCUGAUAGUGUCUAUCGUGCAUACCAAUCUGGAGUUUCCUAUAUUGCUGCCCCAAGCGGUUCCAUCCAAGAUAGCUAUGUUGUAAGCGCGGCAGACGAGAACGAUUUAGUGAUGGUACAUACAAGCGUUCGACUAUUCCAUCAUUAG